AUGCCACAGUCAGCGGAGGAGCCCAAGCUCUUCGACCAGUGUAACGUAUGCAUUGUAUGCACAGAUUCGUUGCCCCUCGAGGCUGCUGAACAGCUAGCAGCAGUCAUCGAAGAAUACGGAGGCGAACCAUCCAUUCAUCACUCGACGCCGACAAAAGACGAUACAACCGCAUGCUCGCAUAUCAUCUCUAACACGAUAAAUUUCGAGACCUAUGACCUUGCCUCCAAGGCGUUGAUCCCAGUGGUAAAGCCCUCAUGGGUUCAUACUUCUCUACAAAAACGAAAGCUCGCCAACCCUCGGCAGCACAGUCCAGACCCCCGUCUUUUCCUGAAUGAUGUGGUGGUUACCUGCGGUGACAUCCCCGAGGGCGACAAAGAUGCCAUCAUCGGUGGAGUUGUGGCUAAGGGCGGGUUGUACAGCUCUCGCAUGUCAGCUUUAGUCACCCAUUUGGUUGACUUGACAGUCACGUCGGAUAAGGCGCGCCUGGCUCAGACUAAGAAGUUGCGUAUUAAGAUCAUCUUACCUCAUUGGUUUGAUGACUGUCUGAAACUUGGCCAGCGGAUAGAUGAGCGCCCAUACAUCCUUCCGGAUCCCGAGAUCUUGCGCGCCGAUCCAGAUGACCCUAUUCGGGGAUUCGGAAACAAGGGUCUGGCUGGUGCAUCAACACCCGAACCGGCCGCUUUGCCUACCCAGAGUAACGGCGUCGAGGGUACCAACCAACGCAAUGUGUUUGAUGGGAAAUGCAUAAUGUUGUCUCCUGACUUAAGCAUUGGCACGCAUUUGCUAGAAUCCAUUGAAGCAGUGGUCAAGCGAGGCGGCGCAACGAUGACGGGCAACGUGGCUGAGGCAGAUUGGAUUAUUUGCCGCUUUCGCGAGGGGUUCGUCUAUCGAACUGCGUCGCGUUUGGGGAAAGAAGUUGGCAAUUUGGCGUGGCUGUAUUCGCUCAUGACUUUCAACGAGUACACCCGGCCCCUAAGCAGAAUGCUUCACUACCCUGUAUCACGCGCGCCAAUUCCUGGUUUUAAAGGUCUGAAGAUAAGUCUGUCAAACUAUGUCGGCGAAGCUCGCAUUUAUCUUGAGAACUUGAUCGCUGCGGCUGGUGGUGAGUGCACAAAGACACUGAAGCAGGAAAACACUCAUCUCAUUACGGCCCACGGGUCGAGCGAGAAGUGCACUGCAGCCAGGGAAUGGGGUUUGCAAGUUGUGAACCAUCUAUGGCUGGAAGAUAGCUACGCCAACUGGAAGAUGCAGCCCGUAUCUGACCCGCGGUAUAAUCACUUCCCUUCUCGAACAAACUUGGGUGAUGUGGCUGGCCAGAAAAUGCUGGAUAGGGAUGUCUUGGAGAAAAACUUUUUCCCAUCCGAAGACACUGAACAAUCAAGCUCUCCUCCACCGGUCUUGCAAGAUCACCCCAGCAAUGUACCGACAAUGCCGCCCCCUGAAAAAAAGCAGAAGGCUGGUAAGAAGGCUUUGGAGGCCGACCAAGGCACCCCAAAAGCUACUGCCAAGGGUCGUCAGGCCGUGGACAAGAAUGCGCAAACUCCUGCCGGUUCCCGGCUCAUUCCAGAUGAGAUGGACAUUGAUACGCCAUCGUCCACCAACAGUCGCAAGUCCAAAGAGGCAGCAAUUGCGCAUCUGCACGAACUCGCCCCAGAUAUCGCCUUGUAUGAAAAGGAGAAGAAGCGUGUCGGGGGCGUCAUUCAUGGCGGUCGACGGAAGUCUGAUGAAGACCGCGUGCGCGAAAACCCCAAGAAGCGCCGCUCGGUUGAGUCAGAGGCAGAAAGUGAAGGAGAACAAGUCAACGAUGCCAAACGACCAAAAAAAUCUCGACCGGCGAUUUCAAUGCAUUUACUAAUCACUGGCUACCAAAAAUGGGUUGGAAAGGGCAACGAGAAGAAGGAAGAUGCAGACAGGCGACAUCUCCGAGACCUGGGUAUCAUGGUUGUUCAGGAUGCCCGCCGCUGCACCCACAUGGCUGCUCCAUCUAUUCUGCGGACUACCAAAUUUGUUAAUGCCUUGGCAUAUGCUCCUCUCAUUAUCAGCACGGAUUUUAUCACAAGCUGUCUUGAGGAAGACGAGUUGCUAAAUCCCGCCGAUUUCAAAUUAAACGAUAAAGCAGCAGAGGCUAAAUUCGGGUUCUCUUUGGCCAAGGCCACAAAUAAAGCGAAAGACAAUAAGAACAAAAUGUUACACGGUUUCCGCAUCUACUGCGUGGAAGACGUGCGUGGGGGCUUCGAUGCGUUUAAAUCCAUUGUGGAGGCUAAUGGAGGAGAAUGCUUGCUCUUCCGUGGUCGCCUUGCUUUGACAAAUCCUCCCCGGCGGGAGGAAAGCGACGACGAAGAGGAGAUGGAUGACUACACACCCGGCCGACACGACGUCUUCCUGCUCAGCAGUGCUGAAACUAAACAUGCUCGUCUUUGGCCUCGCUUCCGCCAGGUUGCCGGUGAUAUCAAGCGCGCCCCAAAGAUUGUCCGAGUCGACUGGUUACUUGACAUGGCCAUGUCACAAGAGCUGAAGAGUGCGGAUGAGUACGAGCUGACGGAGGAUAUGGUUGGCAAGGAUGACCAAUAG